AUGCGUAUAUUUACCACUAAUAUUAUCAAUUAUCUAUCUAUCUAUCUAUCUAUCUAUCUAUCUAUCUAUCUAUCUAUCUAUCUAUAUAUAUAUAUAUAUAUAUAUCAUUAUCUUACUCUUCUCAUACAUCUAUUUCUAUCAGUAUUUUCUGAUCUAUCUAUCUAUCUAUCUAUCUAUCUAUCUAUCUCACUUCAACCUUUUCUUAUUUAUCUUAAUUUUUCAUAUCUGUUUAUAUCAGUCUUUCAUAUCUAUCUAUCUAUCUAUCUAUCUAUCUAUCUAUCUAUCUAUCUAUCUAUCUAUCUAUCUCUCACACGCACACAAAGACACAGACACAUGCACAGGCACACAAAUAUAUAUAUAUAUAUAUUCAGUAAAUCUGUCAUUCUUUCUUUCCGUUUUAGUAUUUAUAUAGUUAUCUUACUCUGCUCAUAUAUCUACUUCUGUCAGUAUUUUCCUAUCUAUCUAUCUAUUUAUCUAUCUAUCUAUCUAUCUAUCUAUCUAUCUAUCUAUCUAUCUAUCUUUUUCAGUUUCUUCAUAUCUAUCUAUCUAUCUAUCUAUCUAUCUAUCUAUCUAUCUAUCUAUCUAUCAUUUCAACCUUUAAUAAUUUAUCUUAAUUUUUCAUAUCUAUUUAUCCUAGUCUUUUCAUAUCUGUCUCUCACACGCACACAAAGACACAGACACACAUCCACACACACACAUCUAUCUAUCUAUCUAUCUAUCUAUCUAUCUAUCUAUCUAUCUAUCUAUCUCAGUUUUUUUCAUAUCUAUCUAUCUAUCUAUCUAUCUAUCUAUCUAUCUAUCUAUCUAUCUCAGUUUUUUCAUAUCUAUCUAUCUAUCUAUCUAUCUAUCUAUCUAUCUAUCUAUCUAUCAUUUCAACCUUUACUAAUUUAUCUUAAUUUUUCAUAUCUAUUUAUCCUAGUCUUUUCAUAUCUGUCUCUCACACGCACACAAAGACACAAACAGACACACAUCCACACACACACAUCUAUCUAUCUAUCUAUCUAUCUAUCUAUCUAUCUAUCUAUCUAUCUAUCUAUCUAUCUAUCUAUCUAUCUCAGUUCAUACGAAGGAAAUGAAAAUGUCAAUUUCCCUAAAUAUGUAUAG